AUGGCUACCACCGUCAUCUGUCGGUCCGCUGCCUGCCGUUCGUUACUUUCCAAAAACGCAUCUAGCAUACGCGAAUCACGGCAUGUGUAUCGCCUCCGUGAUGCUGUCCGACCGCAAUUACCUACCCUUUCAGCCCUUGCCAGAUACUAUGCCUCAAAGUCUUACCCUCCACACACAAUUAUUAGCAUGCCCGCGUUAUCCCCAACAAUGACUGCGGGCAAUAUCGGGGCUUGGCAGAAAAAAGCCGGAGAUGUCCUUUCUCCCGGUGAUGUGCUAGUGGAAAUCGAAACAGACAAGGCCCAGAUGGAUUUCGAAUUCCAAGAAGAAGGGGUUCUGGCAAAGAUUCUAAAGGAAGCUGGCGAGAAAGAUGUUGCCGUGGGCAAUCCAAUUGCAGUCAUGGUGGAAGAGGGGACUGAUAUUUCUUCUUUCGAGUCCUUCUCUCUGGAAGAUGCUGGUGGGGAGAAAACGCCUGCUGCAAACAAGGAGCCUCCACAACCUCAGGAGCCGGAAUCCAAGCCUGCUCCCACAACCGAAGAAUCGAAGCCCGCAACUCUGGAGUCCGAGUCGACUAGUGAGAAAUUACAAUCGAGUCUUGACAGAGAGCCGUUCAUUGCUCCCGCAGUCAAGGCUUUAGCGUUGGAACGAGGCGUGCCUCUCAACGAUGUCAAGGGCUCCGGUCCUGGUGGGCGAGUGACAAAACAAGAUAUCGAAAAAUACCAGCCCCGCGCCGCAACUACGGGUGCUACUUUGCCAGCUUAUGAAGAUAUCCCUGCCACGUCCAUGCGCAAAACCAUUGCAAACCGCCUCGUCCAAUCCGUCCGAGAAAAUCCACACUACUUCGUAACCUCAAACCUUUCCGUUACUAAGCUUCUCAAGCUGCGCCAGGCCCUCAAUGCCUCCGCAGAUGGUAAAUACAAGCUCUCUGUUAACGAUUUCAUUGUCAAAGCCUGUGCAGCCGCCCUCUUAAAAGUGCCUGCAGUAAACUCGAUGUGGAUCGAGGAAAACGGCCAAGUGAGCAUACGCCAGCACAAGACGGUCGACAUCAGUGUUGCGGUAGCCACUCCCGUCGGUCUCAUUACACCCAUCGUGAAGAACGUCGAAACUCUCGGCCUGUCCAGCAUCUCCAGCCAAAUCAAAGAUCUGGGUAAGCGCGCUCGCGAGAAUAAGUUGAAGCCCGAGGAAUACAUCGGUGGCACCUUUACGAUCAGCAACAUGGGCAUGAACUCUGCCGUUGAGCGUUUCACCGCCGUCAUCAACCCACCACAAGCUGGUAUACUAGCUGUGGGUACGACGCGCAAGGUAGCUGUGCCCGUGGAAGGUGAGGAGGAGGGCAACGCUACCUCUGUGAAAUGGGAUGACCAGAUUGUGGUGACUGCCAGUUUCGACCAUAAGGUUGUUGAUGGAGCGGUGGGGGCCGAGUUCAUGAGAGAGCUGAAGAAUGUUGUGGAGAACCCUCUCGAGCUGCUUCUUUAGACAAACCAACACUCAACUCCCUCCCGUUUCUUUCAAUCUUUAGAAGUUUGGCUAGUGGUUAAGUUAAACGACCCAGGGGGGCUAACUCAUCUGUUUCAUGUGAGCACAGCAGAGCAAAUUUGUUUCUCUCCCUUUUUUCUUACAGCAACCCAAACACAGCUCCAUACCUUCAAUUCCAGCAUGUACUAAAAAUGUAUUCUUGACUAUAUUUACACCGUCUUUUUCCUUGCGUUCUUUCAUCAUUUCCAAUUCUUUUGUUCUCCAUCUACUCUUUGCCUCCUCCCUACAUAUCUAACUACUUUUGUGUGACUAUUAAACUAAGUAGUGAACUUCUAUCCAAAGUACCUCAGUUAUCCACUAGUCAAAUUAAAAUAAAGUCUCAUCUAUUUGUUGACU